AUGAAUCAUCAAACCUUUGAUGUUGUAUAUGAACAUUUGGUUAUAAAAGGAAUGGAUCCUACUUAUAGGUUUUGGUACCAUCAUGGUGAAGAAGUGCCAGUAAAGUGUAUGUUUGAUGGUCAACCCUUUUGUAGCACUUCUUUCAUGAGCGACGAAAAGGUUGAUGAACCAUGCGUAAACGAUGAUGUUAAUGAAAAGGUCGUAGAUGCAAACACUUCCUUGUAUCCUCAUUGUACAAAAUAUACAAGAAUGUCAGCUAUCGUAUCUUUAUAUAAGAUAAAGGCUACGAACGAUUGGACCGAUAAAAGUUUCACAAGCCUUUUAGAGCUGUUGCACGAUAUGCUACCCCCUAACAAUGUUAUCCCAAAAUCUACUUACGAAGUAAAGAAGUUCUUAAAAGUAUUUGAUCUAGGAUAUGAAAAGAUUCAUGCUUGUGAAAAUGAUCGUUGCUUGUUUACGAAAGAGAAUAAAGAUUUAGAGACAUGCCCAAUUUGUGGACAUUCUCGAUGGAAGGUGGAUAAACGCACGAAAAGAAUGAAACGGGGUGUUCCAACAAAAGUGUUAAGAUACUUUCCGUUGAUUCCAAGAUUGAAACGAAUGUUCCAAAUGCAUGAUGUAGCUAUAUUAUUGACAUGGCAUAUGAACCAUAAAAAUAGUGAUGGGAAGAUGCGUCAUCCAGUUGAUUCUGUUUCAUGGGACUCAAUUGAUGCAAAGUGGCCCGACUUUGAUCCACGAAACUUGAGGUUCGGUCUUGCAACCGAUGGUUUCAACCCAUUCUCUAAUCUUAGUAGUCGAUACAGUUGUUGGCCAGUCAUGCUUGUGACAUACAACCUACCUCCUUGGUUAUGCAUGUCGAAAGAAAAUAUAAUGCUAACUUUACUGAUUCCUGGUCCUAAACAGCCUGGCAAUGACAUUGACAUUUUCUUGCAACCAUUAAUUGAUGACUUGAAAUUGUUAUGGGAUGGAGUUGAAGUUUACGAUGUAGUUAGCAAAUCAAACUUCAAUUUGAGAGUUGUGCUUAUAUGGACAAUCAAUGACUUUCCUGCUUAUGGAAAUCUUGUUGGGUGUACAACGAAGGGUAAGACGGCUUGUCCAAUUUGUGGGGAGCACACACAUUCUCAGUGGUUGUACCACAGUGAGAAAUUAGUCUAUAUGGGUCAUAGACGCUUUUUACCUCCAUCUCAUCCGUAUAGAAGAAAGAAGUCAUGGUUUGAUGGCAAAGUUGAAGACCGACAAGUUCCUAGGAUUGCAAAUGGGAAUGCAAUCGAUACCCAACUUAAAGAUUUUCAAAAUUUCUUUGGAAAAGUUGAUAAGAAAAAACGAAAGAGACAAAAAGAGUUGAAAGGAAUGUGGAAAAAAUGA